GGCACUUCUCCCUCUGCAACGCAACGCCGGCCAUGGCUGCACCACAGCCUGCCGCCCUGCCUCUGCCGUCCCAGCCUUCAGUCCAGUCUCAAAUGGGACCGCUAUUUGUUUUCACCUCGAUCGGGUUUAUGUUGUUUGGUGUGUUUACUGCCCAAGUCUACUUCUACUGGUACGCGUACAAGAACGAUCGCCGAGUUCUCCGCACCUUUGUGGUAGCACUUUGGAUUCUGGAGACGCUGCACACUGUAUUUUGUUUCCACUUCCUCUACGAAUACUUUGUCACCGACAUUGGCUCCCCGGAGAAGCUUUCGGAGAUAAUCUGGAGUGACCCGUCGAGUGUCCUCACUGAGGACGUUAUCAUAGGCUUUUGUCAGGGUUUCUAUAUCUUUCGUUUAUGGCGGUUAAGCGGCCAUAAUUAUGCCGUCGUGGGAACACUGAGUAUAGUCCUUCUGGCUCGUCUGGGUGCAGGAUUCGCAACUAACGUGUGGCUAACCAUGUUCAAGACCUUCCCAGAUUUUGUGGCGAGACAAGUAGUGCAUGACGUGCUGAACGUCGCUCAGGCGCUCUCGGCCAUCGUUGAUUUCCUGAAUACCGCGAUGAUGAUCUUCUAUCUCAAAAGGGGUAUGAAUCUGUCCGGCUUCAAGCAGUCCCGAAGCGUGAUCCAGACGCUGAUGUUCUUCACAAUCAACACCGGAGUACUCAGUGUGGUUGGUUCUGUUUGUACGCUCUUCCUUUUCAAUUUUGUGACCGGGAGUCUGGCAUUUUGGGGACUGAUCCAACUUCAGGGCAAAUUAUAUGCGAACUCAGUCGUGGGAUUCCUUAAUGCGAGACAGUAUCUGAGGGACAAGCUGACUGAAGUCGAGUUUAACUCAAUCGCCCUGCAUCUGGGCGCGAGCCCCAGCGGAUUAGGCACGAAUAGGCCAAAUUUCAAGCAAUACUCUGACGAUACGCCAUCAGGCACGGCCGUCGGACAAGAUACUGCGAUAUUACAGCCGCCCGCGGACCAGCCACCAUCGAUAACGUAGGCCGUUCGCGUCGCUAUUCGUUUGUGCUCGCUUUUUCGCCUUUUGCUUUGGGUAUGCUAUUUGUAGUAGAGCUUCCACCAUCUAUAUUUGUGUAUACACUUCUCGCCGUAUAAUGUACACGUCACGUGUGUGCUUGUUUCCGCG